CUUCUCCUGCAGCCAAUCAGCGUUAAGACCUUCCUCCUUCACCGGAAGGCGCUGUCUCCCAGAGCAACCAACCAGACCGCUGUCUUCAGUUUGGUGGCGGGAAAAGGCCAUGAGUAAAAGCCGGGCCGAGGCUGCGGCCGGAGCCCCCGGGAUCAUCCUGAGGUACCUGCAGGAACAAAACCGGCCCUACAGCGCGCAGGACGUAUUCGGAAACCUGCAGAAGGAACAUGGACUGGGCAAGGCGGCGGUGGUGAAGGCUCUGGAUCAGUUGGCCCAGGAAGGCAAGAUCAAAGAGAAGACGUACGGCAAGCAGAAAAUUUAUUUUGCCGAUCAGGACCAGUUUGACGCAGUGAGUGAUGCUGACCUCCACAGCCUGGAUGCCAAAAUUGCAGCCCUCACUGCCAAGGUGCAGAGCUUACAGCAAAGCUGCCGCCACAUGGAGGCUGAAUGUGGGGUCCUAUUCUGGAGAGGUCCCAGAGCAAGAUGGAAGCUGACCUCCCACCUCUGGGAAGCACCUGCUGAGCAAGACGGAAUCCAUUCCUCGCAUGUCCCUGAGAGGCUAAAGAACAUCAAAGCAGCCACCAACCAUAUCACUCCAGAAGAGAAAGAGGAGGUGUACAAAGACAGACAGAAGUAUUGUAAAGAGUGGAGGAAGCGGAAGAGAAUGACCACCGAGCUGUGUGAUGCCAUCCUUGAAGGAUACCCCAAGAGCAAGAAACAGUUCUUUGAAGAAGUUGGGAUAGAGACAGAUGAAGAUCAUAAUGUCACACUCCCAGACCCUUGAGGGGCCCUUGGUGGAGUCUGGGAGCAGAUGUCCCGGGCUGGCUGCCUUGUUUAGGUGGCCUUAUUGUUU